AAAGAAAUUCUCCUUUAUAAGCCGUGGAAAUUAAUUAACAGAACUAACACAGAAAAUGCGGUCACCUUGCCUGAGAGAAUUCAUUGAAGAAUGCCCACAUGGCUGCUGCUGGCGAUCUCCUUUAUUUAACUCGCCGGAGCCUCUGAACAACAAGGAGGCUGAGUCAAGAAAAAGUUCCGCCGAUUGCCGUAGAGAUUUUGUUGCAACAACUUCCUCUUCUAUCUUCCGCAACACCCAUUUCACCAAUCAUGAAUCUCUCCCCUCUCUGCAACAAUCUUUCUCUGAAUUCUCCAAAGCUUAUCCGCAGUUUGCUGAAACUUUUCAGAUUGACCAAAUAAGAGCCAAAGAGUAUUAUCAUCUCUCACUUUCUAAUCAUAUUUGUCUUGAUUACAUUGGCGUAGGCCUCUUCUCUUAUUAUCAGCUGCAGAAUCAAGAGUCUUGUAAGUAUCAAAAUGAUUCUUCUUCGUCUUGUUCUUCGGAUAUUCCUUUCUUUAGUGUGUCCUACAAGAUGGGGAGUCUUAAGACGCAGCUACGCCAUGGGGGGGCUGAAUCAGGAGUGGAAUCUGCAAUGAAGAAAAAGAUUAUGAGUUUUCUGAAUAUUUCUGAAAAUGAUUACAGUAUGGUUUUCACUGCAAACAGAACGUCAGCCUUCAAGCUUCUAGCGGAAUCUUAUCCGUUUCAGUCUAGCAGAAAACUUUUAACAGUUUAUGACUACGAGAGUGAGGCGGUGGAAGCCAUGAUAAAUACUUCUGAGAAGAAAGGAGCAAAAGUUAUGUCAGCAGAGUUUUCAUGGCCAAGACUGAGGAUUCACUCCGAAAAAUUGAAAAAAAUGUUGGUGAGUAAGAAGAAGAAGAAAAAAAAGCGGGGACUAUUUGUUUUUCCUCUUCAUUCUAGAGUGACAGGGGCUAGAUAUCGUUAUCUAUGGAUGAGAAUUGCUCAGGAGAAUCAAUGGCACAUCUUGAUUGAUGCUUGUGCUUUGGGGCCAAAAGAUAUGGACAGUUUUGGGCUCUCUCUCAUUCGCCCAGAUUUCCUCAUUUGCUCCUUCUACAAGAUUUUUGGGGAAAACCCAUCUGGAUUUGGUUGCCUAUUUGUUAAAAAAUCAACUAUUUCAAUUCUGGACGGUGAAGCGAGCACCGGCAUGGUGAGUCUUCUACCAGCAAAGCAGCUUAAUUUAAUGGAAGAACCUUCAGCACCAAGCUCAUUUUCAGGUCCAAUAACACUGGGGAUUAUAAAACUGAAGCCAGAAGAAAUAGAGAAGGUUCAAAAGUCCGAAAUUAUGGCAAUACCAAAAGGAAUCGAAGCUUCUGAAACUAAAGGAGAUAAGCAAAUAGAGCUUGAAUGCAGGGGUUUGGAUCAGGUGGAUUCAUUGGGGCUGACAACGAUUAGUAAAAGAUCAAGGUGCCUUAUUAAUUGGCUGGUGAAUGCAAUGUUAAAGCUUCAACAUCCUAACACGGAUGGGGUUUCCCUGGUUAAAAUAUAUGGGCCAAAGAUAAAGUUUGAUCGGGGACCUGCAUUGGCAUUUAAUGUAUUUGACUGGAAAGGAGAAAAAGUUGAGCCUGUUCUCGUACAAAAGCUUGCCGACAGAAGAAACAUCUCUCUCAGCUAUGGAGCUUUGCAUCACAUAUGGUUCUCGGAGAAGUACCAGAGAGAGAAGGAGAAAGUUGUUGAUAAAAUGGGCACGGCGGAAACCAAGAAGAAAGAUAAAAAGGACCCCAGAAUAACUGUUGUUACAGCUUCGUUGGGAUUUCUGGCGAAUUUCGAAGACGCUUACAGGCUUUGGGCUUUUGUUGCUGAAUUUCUAGAUGCAGACUUUGUUGAGAAGGCCAGAUGGAGAUACACAGCGCUUAAUCAGAAGACGGUUGAAGUCUGAAGAGAAACGCAAUAUUGAAGGCCACAAGACAAAUUGUAAACUUGCAGAAGAACACAGACGAGCCAGUCCAGAUGGUCUUCCACGUUGUGGUUUCAAGUUUCAUGGUCAUUUCAAUAUGAGAAAUUCUACACUUGAUUCAAACAAGUUUGUUAAUUGAAAAUAAACAAUAGUAUGUUUGUCUACUUCUGAGUUGCCGAAUGGAUAAACACUUAUGCGUAUCAUUAUAUGAUAAUAUAUGAUCUUAAAUUAUAAUUCAAACUAUUUAUUCACAUAA